AUGGCAGGAGCUGUGCAGAGUGGCAAUAUAUCUAAGGCAAAUCCAAUGAAUGGUGGGCAUGGCCUUUACAGCUAUACCAAGAACUCUACCUACCAGGGAAAAGUUAUAGUUGCAGUCAAAGAUCUCAUCAUGGAGGCAAUUUCUGAAAAGCUCAACAGUUGUAUCAUAUCAUCAUCAAAUACCAUUUGCGUCGCAGAUAUGGGCUGUUCUGUUGGACCUAACACAUUUAUUGCAGUUCAAAAUAUAGUUGAAGCCGUGCAGAAAAAGUAUCAAAGCCAAGGACAGGGUCAUUCUGGAUUGCCUGAGUUCCAAGUUUUCCUGAACGAUCACUCUGUGAAUGAUUUCAACACGCUCUUCAGAUCCCUUCCUCCCAACAGGAACUACUACGUUGCUGGCAUGCCGGGUUCAUUUCAUGGUCGCUUAUUUCCCAGUAACUUUCUUCACAUUGUCCACACUUCCUAUGCCCUCCAAUGGCUGUCUCAAGUGCCAAUGGAGGUUGAGGAUACAAGCUCUCCCGCUUGGAAUAAAGGAAGGAUAUAUUAUUCGAGUGCAGGAGACCAGAUUGCUAAGGCUUAUGCUGAUCAGUUUAGUAAGGACAUGGAUUGCUUCUUGCAUGCCAGGGCAAAAGAGGUUGUCUGUGGAGGGUUGAUAAUGCUCACUGUUCCAGGCCGCUUGGAUGGAAGUCCUCAUACUCGAGUAUUUUCCAACGUUUGUUAUGACAUCUUGGGAUCUUGCCUUAUGGACAUGGCUAAGAUGGGAAUCACAAGUGAAGAGAAAGUAGAUUCCUUCAACAUACCUGUAUAUUUCUCCUCGCCACAAGAACUGGAGGCAACCGUAGAACGAAAUGGGUGUUUCAGCCUAGAGAAGCUACACUGCCUGCCCCUCGAGAAGACUCAGACAAGUAUUCCAGAGAAAGCAAGAGCCAUAUCAUAUCACAUCAGAGCUGGUUUGGAGUUCCUUUUGAAGGAGCACUUUGGACAUGAGAUCCUGGAUGAGCUUUUUGACUCAUUCAAUAGAAAGCUAGAAAAAUCUGAAGUCUUUCAGUACGGGCGAGCAUAUAGCUUGUUUGCGUUGCUUAAACGUAAGCCAACGUGA